AUGGAACCGUCCACGAUGCCGACGACUCCGAGCAUGAUCCGUGUGGAAGAGGAGGAGUACGAUCUGCUGCGUAGUUAUUAUGACAAAAAGAGAAGAGCGCCGAUGAAUCAGGUGAAUUGGAGGGGACUGCAACACAAACAGAAGAUGGCUAUCUUAGGUGGAAUUCGACGAGAAAUACGGUUACCAGAAGAGACUGAAAGAAGGGGGAAAGUUCAAGAAACGGUCGACGAAGGUGGCGAGUCGGUUAGUUAUUUCGAAAACAUUUUGGCACGAUGUGGGUCGUGUCGAAAGUGAAACAGAUUGUGAGAAAUGAAGUGAACAGGUACUACGAGCCAUUCACUUCUGUCUCCAACUUCAAAUUGUUUCUCGUAAACUUGUUCCCCAUUGUGCAAUGGCUUCCUUUGUACGAUUGGAAGAGUGACCUAUCGUCAGAUGUGAUCGGAGGAAUCACAGUGGGAGUGCUUCAUGUUCCACAAGGUACGAUCUUCUUUUCUUGUGAUCUACGUCCACUUAUUCAGGAAUCGCCUACGCCAUUCUCUCCCGUCAGGAUCCCAUUGUCGGCCUGUACACUUCCAUCUUCCCCGUCCUCAUUUACAUGUUCUUCGGCACUUCUAAACAUGCCAGUCUGGGGACCUUUGCGGUUGUUGCCCUGAUGACCGGAUUGGCAGUGGAACGAGAAGCGUACAUUCCGGUCGACAAUGUGAACGCAACAAUACUUCCCGGAGAUGAGACUCUUCCAUCGCCCAUCGAAAUAUCCUGUGCACUCGUUCUCGGAGUCGGACUUGUUCAGGUAAUUUAGGUUGUACAACAGGAUCCAGAACAAUCUAGAGAUUUCAGUUUUUGAUGGGUAUUUUCCGUUUACAAUUUCUGACCACUUACCUUUCCGAUCAACUCGUCGCUGGAUUCACCACCGGCGCAUCCGUGCACGUACUCGUUUCGCAGUUCAAAGAACUGUUCGGAAUGAGAGGAAUGGUCAAACACAGCGGUCCCGGAUACUUGAUCCGAGUGAGCCUUUUUGUGAAUUGGCUAGAAUAGAAGUAGUUUCAAUUCAGAAUGUGACCGAUAUUAUUCUCAACAUGCUGAAUGCGAAUGUGAUGUGUUGUGCGAUUUCUUUGGCAACAAUGAUCAUUCUUCACUGCGGGAAAGUGUAUCUGAAUCCGAUUGUGAAGAGAAAACUGAGAUCGAAUGUACCCAUUCCUUGGGAACUUGUUGUGGUGGGCCAAUUUAUCAGAAAAUUGCGAAAGUUAGAGUUUCAGGUCAUUCUGUCCACAACAUUUGUUGCUCUAAUCAAUGGGAAUGAGGUGUAUCAGGUGAAAAUCGUGAACAAGAUUCCAACUGGGUGAGCACUCCGUCCCCUCCACCCUCCUCCAAUACCAUUCUUCUCCAGCCUCCCCGAACUUUCCCUGCCCCGUCCCAGUCUCAUCCCCUCCAUCCUUCCGGACGCCAUCAGCAUCGCCGUUGUCGUCGUCGCCGUCCACUUAUCACUCUCCAAAAUGGUCGCCAAGAAGUAUCAGUACGAUCUUGACGCCGGUCAAGAACUCUUUGCCCUCUCGUUCGUCGCCAUCGGCGGCAGCUUCUUCCCCACAUUUCCGACGUCUAUCGGAUUGGGAAGAACGAUGGUUGGAUUGGAAUCGGGCGUCAAAUCUCAAGUCGCCACGUUCUUCUCGUGUCUUUUUGUCUUCUCGAUCACUUUGUACUUCGGGAGGUUCCUGGAGACUCUGCCAAUGUGCGUCCUCUCCGCUAUUAUCAUUGUCGCUCUUAAGAGCAUGCUCUGGAAGUUGGGCGAUCUCAAGGAAUUGUGGAGACUUUCAAAAAUUGACUGUGUACGUUUAAGUUGUUUGAGUUAGAGCUGAAAUCUUUUGGUUUUCUAGUGGAUCUGGAUAGUCGCAUUCGUUGGAACCGUCCUGAUUGAUGUCUCUGAGGGACUGAUCAUUGCGAUCUUCUUCGCACUGUUCACAACCAUUUUGAGAGAACAAUAGUAGGUUUCUCAAUAGCUUUGUGCAAUCUUUCCUAUCUUUAGUCCCAAGUGGCAUUUGUUAGCAAACGUGAAAGACACUGACGAGUUUCGAAGUACACAACAAUACCAGGAAGCGAUAUUCUACAAAGGAAUCUGCAUUUUCCGAUUCGAUGCGCCGCUUCUAUUCCAUAAUGUUGAAUGGUAAAACAAAAUCAGCCUAUUCUAUUCUGAAAUAGAGCGUUCAGCUUCAAAAAGUGUGUGGAAAAGGCGUUUGAAGAGUGGAAGAAGUCGCCAGAGUUCCAUUCAAUAAAAGAGGAGCAGAACAAGACGGAGACGGGAUUCUCACUCGGAGGAUUCGCAGGAAUGCACCGGAUUGCUCCGUUGGCAGAACAGCCACUUCACCCGGGUGUUCACAGAGAUCCCAUUCUCUCGCGGCACUUUGUCAUCGACUGUUCCGGCCUCUCUUCCGUCGAUUUGAUGGGUGUCAGUGCUCUCAAAGAAGUGUUUUCUGAUCUGAGAAAGAAAGGAGCCCAGGUCUAUUUUGCGAGCACAAAAAGUAUUUUAUCGUCAUAAGAACUUCUAGUAACUAUUCAAUUGCAGUGCCCGUUCGAGAAAUGUUCGAGAAAUGUGACUUCUAUGAGUUUGUAUCCAAAGAAAACUUCUACCCAACAUUGAGAGAUGCCACUGGAAUCGCCCGAUUACGACAGAACGAGUCAGUCUUCCUCGAGAUUUUCCCACUUUUUCUAACCAUUUUUUUUUCUAACCACUUUCAGAUUCGGCUUCAUGGACACUGCGAAGAUUCCUGAGUUUGACAAUAUUUCGAAUCUGGCCAGCAAUUUGCCGAAUCAUUGA